AUGAGCCGCGGAGAAGAUUUCUUCACCAGUGCGGAGAACAAAUUGACGUGCCUCUAUUGUGAUGAUGGCAUUGAAAUCGAUGUGGACAAACUGCUCGUUCAUCUCAAAACGUGCACUUUCGCAGGAAACCAAGAUCUUCAAAAAAUAAAGAGGGGCGUCAUGAACACUCACAUCGCCUGGAAAAACAAUUUUGAAAACGUGGUUCGUGUCCAUGAAGCUAUCGACAAAGGUGAAAAUCCUUGGGAUUGCAUUCGUUUGUGCCCUACUCGACGAUACCAUUCAAUCGAUGGAUGGGAGAAGUUAUCAAGAGAAUCGCUUUACAAUGCUGCGACUCGAGCACAAUACAUUUUGCUCUGGGACAACUUCAAAGACUACAAUAUCGGAAAAGAAGAAUUGGAGGAGAAACAACGGCAUGUACUCGGAAUUGUUCAGACCGAGUACAACAAAGACGUCUGUUGGAAGAAGUUCGAAAAGGGAUUCCAUCGAAUGCAAUCAGACCAUCGCCGCAUUCAUCAGCUCUUCGAUCAGCAGAUGGCUGAAAUCAAGGGUUCAGUUAUUGCUCAUUCUUGA